AUGUCUGGCACUACUCAGUCUCACGCUACCGGCGACUCCAAGGUCCCUAGCUCAAUCCAGCAAAACGCCCCCAAGGAGGUUGAGAAUGCUCUCCCCAACUCUGCUCACGACACCGGUUCCCAGAGCCAGUCUCACGCUACUGGCCCCUCCAAGGUUCCAGAAUUUGUGCAAAACAUCGCUCCCAAGGGUCUUGAGGAGGCUCUCCCAGAAUCCAUUCAUCCGACCGAGAAGUAA